UCCAUCCAUCCAAAUGAUCAGCACCCAGUACUUCCCUCCCCCCCCAGCCUGGGCACCUUUCAACCCCCUCCUGUUUCUUUUAUCUUAAAUUUUCCAGCCUUGGUAUCCAUUCUCCAUCCUUUGAUUUCCUUCUUUUUGAGCUGUCCAUACCAAGACUCAUCUCCCUUCUGAGCCCAUGUUGUAAUUCAUUCCACUUCUACAUCCAGCACCCUUUUAAGUUCUCCAUUAUUCACUCUUCCGCUCUGAGGUCUCUUUAUUUGGGAGCUUUUCUCCUUCUGCCUCCUGCCUCAUCUCAUCUCAUCCUGUCCCAUCUUCUUCUUUUCCUGUUUCUCCCGCCCCUUUCCCACCAUGACUGUGAUGGCUGGGGAUAUCAUAGAUGAAGCAUCUGCUCUUCCAGGCCACCCUCAGGACAGUUAUCGGCCUGGUGCUCAUGAUGACCAUGAAUGCUGUGAGAGGGUUGUCAUCAACAUUGCUGGCCUGAGGUUUGAGACCCAGCUAAAAACGCUUGCCCAGUUUCCCAACACAUUGCUGGGUAAUCCAAAAAAACGCAUGCGGUACUUUGACCCACUGAGGAAUGAAUACUUUUUCGAUCGGAACCGUCCCAGCUUUGAUGCCAUCCUCUAUUACUAUCAGUCUGGAGGGCGGCUUCGCAGGCCAGUUAAUGUGCCAUUAGAUAUGUUUUCUGAGGAGAUCAAGUUCUAUGAACUGGGAGAGGAGGCAAUGGAGAAAUUCCGGGAAGAUGAAGGGUUCAUCAAAGAGGAAGAGCGACCGCUGCCUGAGAAGGAAUACCAGCGUCAGCUAUGGCUUCUUUUCGAAUAUCCCGAGAGUUCUGGGCCAGCCCGGGUCAUUGCCAUAGUUUCUGUCAUGGUGAUCUUAAUUUCCAUAGUGAUCUUUUGUCUGGAGACUUUGCCAGUAUUGAAGGAGCAGGAAAGAGACUAUGCAGGACCUCAAAACCGCAGCGACAACUCCACCACAUUUUACAAGGCCAAUAUCUUUACUGACCCCUUUUUUGUGGUGGAGACCCUGUGCAUCAUUUGGUUUUCUUUUGAGCUGGUGGUGCGCUUUUUUGCCUGUCCCAGUAAAGCUGAGUUUUUCAAGAACAUCAUGAACUUCAUUGACAUUGUGGCCAUCAUCCCUUACUUCAUCACUCUGGGCACAGAGAUGGCUGAACAGGAGGGGCCUCAAAAGGGGGAGCAGGCUACCUCUCUGGCUAUCCUGCGAGUCAUCAGACUGGUAAGAGUCUUUAGAAUCUUCAAACUCUCCAGGCAUUCUAAGGGCCUCCAGAUCCUGGGACAGACACUCAAAGCAAGCAUGAGAGAGUUAGGUUUGCUAAUUUUUUUCCUCUUCAUUGGGGUGAUUCUGUUCUCCAGUGCGGUGUAUUUUGCUGAAGCUGAAGAGCCUGGGACAUAUUUCGACAGCAUCCCCGAUGCUUUCUGGUGGGCAGUGGUAUCCAUGACCACUGUGGGAUAUGGUGACAUGUACCCUGUGACAAUUGGAGGCAAAAUCGUGGGCUCCUUGUGUGCCAUCGCUGGUGUGCUGACAAUUGCCCUGCCUGUACCUGUCAUUGUGUCCAACUUCAACUACUUCUACCACCGAGAAACAGAAGGGGAAGAACAGGCUCAGUUGCUUAAAGUUAGCUCUCCUAAUUUAGCAUCUGACAGUGAUCUGAGUCGCCGUAGCUCGUCCACAAUCAGCAAAUCUGAGUACAUGGAAAUUGAAGAGGAUAUGAAUAAUAGCAUAGACAAUUUUAGAGAGGCAAACCUGAGAACUGGCAAAUACACUAUAGCCAACCAAAACUGUGUUAAUAAAAGCAAGCUGCUGACUGAUGUUUAAAAACACAGUGUAAAGAAAAAUAAUUCUGGCAGCUUGGAGACUGUAAGUGACUGGCAGUCACACUUUGUAGAUGUUUUAUGAAUAGUCUUUGAAUGCUUUACCUCGUAAAUGCAUUGUUGCAUUGCGAAUUUUUGCUCAGCGAUUCAAGAAGCUUUCACGAUCCAUGAAAGAUAUUCACACUUUUUGAUUUUAUUUUAAAAGGAUAUUUUCCAGUUGUAUGAAUAGUUAAUUAUAACUCUUUGGGUCAACUAAGUUAUGUAUAAGAAUUGUAUGCUUCUACCACUACGCAAUUUUUCAUUACUUUCGGUUCUUUAACUUAAUUUUU